AUGCUGCAGCCGCAACAAGCGCAGCCUCCAGCAGCAGUGGCUGCGAAAAACCCUACUCCUUCUUGGGUCCUCUUGUCGUUUCCAUUUCACCAGUUGCUAUGUUUGAUUUUCUCCAUGAGUCAGGUUGCUACUAUCGAGGGCAAGAUAGGCAAGGCUGUGUUUCUAUGCACCAGCAUCUACAACUCCAAAGUUAUCUUGAACGUCUAUCAGUGGGCUCAUUUGCUGGACUGGUCGGAUAGGGCCAAAUACUACCAUACCGUAGUUCUCUUUAUGAAGGUUGCUGCCUGUUGGAUUCUUUUCUUCUACGGAGUCUAUGUCAGCUACAUGGACCGUGAAUCAGAAGACUGGAAGGAGUUCCUUUCGUAUGUUCAACUGACAAAAGACCAGUUGAUAGCAUUUGCUAUUAUCGUCAUCUAUGCUCUCGUAGUCGGUAUAUUUCAUGGAUUCCAGCUACGCAGACAGAGAGAGCGUGAUAGCCAUGAUCCUGAGCUACAACAGUUGCUAGUAACAGAAGUAUCACGUCUUGAUUGA